GUGCGUGCAAACACGCGGUAGGCAAAAGGGUACAGCGACACGGUCGAAGUUGCGGCGAAUGAAGGACCCGCAGCCGAAUCCGUCCCGCUCCGGCUGACAUAUUACAUCGGGACACAGUACAUUAAAGAUAGAAUUUAUUCGCAGAAAUGCCGGGGAUGAUGGAUAAAGGCUCCGAGUAUUUAGGAAAGGGUCGGUCAAACGGGACUAAAAGUCCGUCCAACGCGUCUAACGGACAUUUUUCUGAUGAAAGCGGCAGCGACGAGGAACAUGAUAUUGGAAUGCGGGUUGGAGCUGAUUAUCAGGCAAACAUUCCAGAAUUUGAUCCCGGUUCUAUCAAGUAUACAGAAAAAGACAGCAGUGGGAUGUUGGUAUGGUCUCCAUAUCACUCCAUUGUUGACUCCAAAUUGGAUGAAUAUAUUGCUAUUGCCAAGGAGAAACAUGGCUACAAUGUGGAGCAGGCUCUCGGUAUGCUGUUCUGGCACAAGCACAAUAUAGAGAAGUCUCUGGCUGACUUGCCUAAUUUCACCCCUUUCCCAGACGAGUGGACCAUAGAGGACAAGGUCCUGUUUGAACAGGCCUUUAGCUUCCAUGGCAAGAGCUUCCAUCGGAUCCAGCAGAUGUUGCCAGACAAAUCCAUCUCCAGUCUUGUCAAGUACUAUUAUUCUUGGAAGAAAACACGAUCCAGAACGAGUCUCAUGGACCGACAGGCCCGCAAACUGGCUAACAGGAGCAAUCAGGAUGACAGUGAUGAGGAGAUAGAAGAGGCCAAUCACAUAGAAGCAAAUGAUAGUGACUAUGAUCCAAACAAAGAUGCCAAGAAAGAGAACCAGGCUGAGCUGGCUGUGCCAGGCUCUAAGGCGGCUUUAGGGCGACGCGAGCACCAGACCCUGCAGCACCGACACCAUCAACGCUCCCGCUGCCGGCCUCCCAAAGGCAUGUACCUUACGCAAGAGGACGUGGUAGCUGUGUCCUGUAGUGCCUCUGCUGCUAACACACUCCUUCGUCAGCUGGACAUGGAGUUGGUGUCCCUUAAGAGACAGGUCCAAAAUGCUAAACAGAUUAACAGCGGGCUGAAACAGCUGUUGGAGUCUGGGAUUGAAGAGUAUAGACUGGCUGAGUGUAACCAGAAGGUGAACGCUCGUUGGACAACAGAUGAACAGCUUCUAGCUGUUCAAGGAGUCAGGAAGUAUGGCAAAAACUUCCAGGCCAUUGCUGAUGUCAUUGGCAACAAAACAGUGGGACAGGUGAAAAACUUCUUUGUGAACUAUCGUCGUCGGUUCAACCUAGAGGAGGUACUGCAGGAGUGGGAAGCAGAGCAAGGAACUCAGGCUCCAAAUGGAGACAGUGCCACAUCAGGUGAAGAGGGAAAGAACAGUUCAACCACUCCUUCAGGGAAGAGCACCGAUGAGGAGGAUGAGGAGGGUCAGGUCACAUCUUCAGGUGCAUCUCCUGCGGCCUGCUCUUCUGCUUCAGUUCAAAAUUCUGUGACUUCCAAUGCUUCAUCCUCCUCUCUCCACCAGCCUCCUCCACUCCUGAGGCCCUCUCUGCCAGCCACACCUUCACUACACCGCCAGCCACCACCCCUUCAGCAACAAGCUCGUUUUUUGCAGCCUCGAGCCACCCUACAGCAACCCCCACCUCUCAUCCGACCCUCCAACCCAAUGCCACCACGCCUCAACCCCCGCCCUACUCCUGUAGGCCUUGGGGGUAACCCUGGGGUCCCAGGCCAGAGCUCCACCCAACAGCCCUCUGCCAUGACCAUCCACCUGUCAGACACAGCCUCAUCAUCUUCCCUCCACUGACUUCCUUCAGAUCAGAUUUUUUCCUUUCAACCUGUUGACCAAACUUCUGAGUAUUUGGAGAGGUCUGACAUCAAUUUUCAAAACACCAAAAUAUCAGAAAAAUUAACAGCUAAUUCAGACCUGGUGUUUUUCAACAUUGGAAUAUGAAGUGAAGUUUCCUUUCCACAGAUCUUGAAUGCAACAUCUGUUUAAAUAUUGGUACCUGCUUUAAAGGUUCUUCUUUGAAAGGCAACAGCCUUUAUAAAUGUGACAAAACAUAUACCGAUAAGUAAUCUGUGAAAACAUUGCUUGGUGGUUGUUGAGAGAUAAUCUUCUAAUGAUGUUCAGGAAGGUUUAGCCCUGUGUUAUUUUUGUAGUGAUUAUGGAAAAUAGAUUUGCUUUCAGACAAAGCUGAAAUGCAUGUGCCUUAGAGUGCACAAGAUACUGCCUACAAAACUGGUUCAUAUGGAUGUCAUCCGGAAAUUUUUAACUUCUCAAAAAAUAUUGAUCUAUCUUAUUAUUUUUCUACUCCUUCUUUCUUCUGUUCAAGUUUUCAAGGACACCAGACAACCAGUCAGCUGGAAAAAUAUAUAAAAUAUGUAGUACAUAUAUGUAUAUACAGUUAUGUAUUAGAUUAUCCCCUUCUCGUCACAAAUGUUAAAAUAAUUUCAUGAUUAGGUAGUUUUAAACCACUAGAGAUGCAUAUUUAAAUCAAGUCAAAUUGGAAGUAUUCCUCUUCUCACAAAACACAAUUUCUGGCCACACAAGAAAGAUACCAAGACCAAGCCCAAUACUUGACACUGGCAGCUCACAGAAAAAUGGGUAAUGGCAUUGUGGUCAAUUUGUUUCAUUUGUAGCCAUUGCUCAAUGUUGGAAUUAGUGCAUUGGCAGCUACAAGUAUAAAACGUGAUCAUUUCUGUAGAUCUUGCCCAGGAGGCAUCCGAUACAGAUGCCCAAGCCACCUCAACUGACUCCUUUCAAUGUGGAGGAGCAGCAGCUCUAUUACAAGCUCCUCUCAGAUGGCCGAGCUCCUCACCCUAUCUCUAAGGGAGUGUCAGGUCACCCUGUGGAGGAAGCUCAUUUCAGCCACUUGUAUCUGGGAUCUUGGUCUUUCCAUCAUGACCCAAAGUUCAUGCCCAUAGGUCAAUAGCCAGACCUGUCCAUUCUUCACUGUACAUUUAAUCAAAGCAAUGUCCAAGCAGAGUACGUUGAGGAUGAGUCACAAUAACUUGACUGUAUUUAAAGCACUAAAUGCAUUUGGAUUGCCAACGAGAUAUCGCAUCACCGUCAGUUGUGCUCAGCUAGAUGUCACAGAGUUCUAAACCUUGCCUCUUUUGGUUCCACAAUCCCAGCUGCUUGUUUACAAAGCACAUCCAUUGCUUCAAUUGUCUGGAUCCGGCCUUAUAAUCUUUCAGAAACUGAUGGACAGUAACAGUUGCUUGUGAUGUAAUUUCUUAUUUAUAUCUUUGUCUCCACACCAGCAAACUACCCAAAUACCUUUUUGUAACUUUUCUAGAGGAGGUCAAACUCUUUCUUUUGUCCUCCUUUUUCUGUUAAAUCUGUUGUUAACAGCAAAGCUGGAAGGCACAUUGUAAAAUAUCACAGUGCAGAUCCUGAUAAGAUGGCAUGUGCAGAGAAAUCUGGAUGUAUAAAAUAAAAACAGUGCACUACAAAAAGGAAACUGGCAUUGUUGGAUCUACUUAAGAAUCUUUAAUUACUUUAACACUUGUUUCAUGUACUAAAAGAAAAUGUAUUGUAGUAUUGUGUAGAUUCUACAUUAUAUGCAGAGUUUGCAUAUUAAGAUGUUCUAUUCAUCAUGGGAUAGAAAACUGAAUCAGUGAUCAGGCAUAUCAAUCUAAGUUUUCUUGUGAUAUCGGGUCUCUAAAAAAAAGAAUGAGGCAUAAUGUCACAACACCGAAAAAAAAAUCCCACGCAAUCGCAUUAUCUUGGCAAUGAUAGACAGAUGUGACUUCAUGUUGAAGAAGAUGAUGUUCAAGAACCUAUAAAAAUUAAACAGGAUCUCACCCCAACUCUCAACUCUCCUCACACCCCCAAAAUAAGCACACAGAACAACACUUUGCAAAAUAAAUUUGGCCAUAAAAAUCAAACACACCAAAUAUCCCUAUGGUAUCGAAUCCCUAUGGUAUCAAAUCCCAUGAAAUCUCCCCUCAUCUAAAACGUCCCUCUAUCAAUGUUAUUGGAAUUUUAAAACAACAUUGUUAAAUAUAUGAGAUCAAAUAAUGUUGCAAGAAAAGGAAUUGAGCUGUGUUGAAGAAAAGUGACCAAAUUGCAUAGGAAUGAAAUUAUUGCAGUGGUGGAUUUAUUUUAUUCACAUAUUUCAGGGUGCAGUGGUGGUGCACAGCUAUAAUGUGCAACCCAUAUUCAGAGGCUUCUGUCCUUGACACAGCUGUCACAGGUUGACUCAUGGCACAGUUGACCUUUACUGCAUGUCUUACCCCUCUCUCCACCCCUUUCCUGUCAGCUUACUGUUGAGACAAUGACAAAAAAUAAUGGCCACUAGAUGUGCUGAAAAAGAAAAAGAAAAUUUCAGUCAUUUUGUUACAAAACAAAAAACUUGUGUUCUCUUAACACACCUAAUUUGUGUUAAGUUACCACAACACUGGAGAUUGUUGCCAAAGCAAAACAUUUGUGUGCAACAAAUGCCCACAAUUGAAUUAAGUAAAUCAGAUGAUUUUUUUUUUUGUGUGUGUUUGUGUUAGCUUGAGGUUAGAAUUACAUAAUUUUACAACCUGGUAUUAAGAUGAUUAAAACCUUUAAACUGAAAGAGGGUGUACUUUCUUCUCACCUCAGCUGGGUGUUGUACAUACUGUUAUAGUAUUGUUAUGUCCAUUGCACGCUAUGCUAUAAGAUGUUGAUAAGUUUCUAAAAUGAGUUUGUCUGUUGACUCUCUAUAUUUUCCUUUUUCUGUUAAGGAUCCUACUGAAGCAUGUGUUAGUCCAGUUCUUUACUCUGUAUUACCUACUUGCGCUGUCUGCGGUUCUGUGCUCCUGUGGUUGCUUCAUAAAAUGUAAACCUUGGACUUUCCAUGAAAUGUAUUUAGAAAGGUGCCUUCACAGAUUUAGGCAUUUUUGCAACACGACAUAUUUCUUGUCAUUUAACCUAAAAGCUUGCAGGCGAAAAAUAUAAAAUUAUUAUGUUUUAGCAUCAUUUCAGAAUCAGAAGCAGGACUUAGUUUGGACUGAUUCAGAAUAACAGGAUUAAGGUUGAAUCCUGUCAGUCCAAACUGACCUCUGCUCUAAAAAGAACUUCUGCAUUACCUGUUGGUUAUAGAUCCAUCUUUUGAAAAAUUCACUGAAAUUCUGUGGAAGAAAUUUUUUGCUAAAUACAGUUUUUAUUACUUUGUUGUGUUUUUUUUCGCCAAACCCUUUUUGUCAUGUGAGGGAACCACUUUACGUCCUCAUAUGAUGAUGUCGGUCGGGUCGAUUAUUAUUUAUAACCCUCUUGUAAUACUUGUUUGAACUUCAUGUAAAAGCAAUCAUUGUGAAUGCUUCUGAUGAUUUUCUUUGUACAUAUUUAUUGUAUGACAUUUAAUGCAACCAGAAUCAUAUGAAAGGUCGUAUUUUCAUUGGAAUAAUGACCUUUGAUGUGAAGCCACUUAGAUUUUUCCCUCUGGAGUUUGACUUGUGAUAGUGGAAAAAUUCAAAUAGGUCAUCUUGUUUAGUAUCUGUUACAAUGUGUGUCCUAGAUCAGCUUGUUUGGAAUGACAUGUCCAGUUCAGACUUGAUCUACUCUUGCAGAUCAGCAUGCCACAGUUAAAGACAUCUGGAAUGCAAGGUCUUUCUGAUAUGAACAUAGUGUUUACCCAAGAAAAGAUACCACACUUCUUUCCAAGGCGUCGCAUCAUGGUGACCUCUUUUAGAAAUCUGAUGCUUAAGGUCUGUUUUAUCUCCCUGUCUCUGUAAUGUGAACUUCUUUCUCAUUUUGUGAGGGCUUAUAAAAAGUAUGUUUUUCCUUGUUUACGGCAGGACAAGCAGACUGAGACACUGGUUUGGUUGUAUCCUCUGUCCGUUCUCAAUUCUUGCAAGAAUUUAAUAAAUGUGCCACUUUGAUUCUCA